AUGCCGAGAAGAAAUGGGAGUCCAUCAAGACCACAGAUUCGUCCUCAUUCGACGUUGCCGGCUCGUCCACCUCCAUCAGUCCCUGCACAUCCUCCAGCACAAACCAAACAACCCGGUUUGAUGGGUCAAAUGGCUGCAACGGCUGGUGGUGUGGCUGUUGGGUCAGUGAUCGGCAAUGCCAUCACAGGAGCAAUUUCCGGCGGAAGUAGUGGGAGUGCACCACAAGUUGCUUCAGAGCAACCAGGUUCAACUCAGUACCAAAACCCAUGCCAGUACCAUAUUGAUGAACUAGUUCGUUGUGCUCAAAGCCAGAGCGAUAUAAGCGCCUGUAGUGGUUUCUCAGAGGCUUUAAAAGAGUGCAGCCGUCAGUACGGAAUGUACCGUUAA